ACGUAAUACCGUCACUCCCAUUUUGCUUCCGGCGACUGCAGAUGGACCUGACUUCAGAAAAAUCUGCCAAACAAUCCUAGGUUCGAAAUGAAUACACGACGUGCGCGCAGUUGUGCUCCAACAGCCACCUCUUUCUCAGAAAGGGCUUCCCUCGAGAAUUCAUUGCAUCCUACUGUUGACGGCAUCCUCAAAGAUCUGAAAGCAUGUUCACGUCGGUUGCAAGCCGCUCUCGCCAGCUACCAGGAUGAAAUGCAGGUGCUUGAAAGGCUUUACUACAGAAGCAAAAAUCAGCAUCGAGCAGCUUUGUUUUUCAAACGUAUCUCGGAGAUCAGACGUUAUGGUUGGCGGCUGCUAGAAGUAAAUAUGGUCGAGGAUGUGCAUCUCCUUAGAGCAUCAUUCUAUGGUGCUACUGUUGUUCAGAGCGAAAAAUUGAUGAGAGGGUCUUGGAAUCACGUCCCAAGUCGGUCGUAUGUAUCUUUCGUGACUGAAAGGUUUAAGGCUUAUUCUUGCUUGAUACUUAAAACGUCUGAGCGACUCCAAGAAGCUUAUUACCAUUUUUCCCUUGCAAUGCAGUCUGGUGCAUUCAUUCACCUAAUCAUACUAUUUGCCGGACUUGCUUCAAGAAUGGCAACUUUGUCGGUUGAAAUGGGUGAUCGUGUCCGAGACUGCGAGACUGCUUGUGAUCGCGUACUGAGUGUUAUCGACCCGACCCACAAGCCGAGUUUCGUAGCUGAAUCGAGCACUUCCAAGACGUCGGAACAUCUCUUGUCCCGUCAGAGUGACCAGCCAGCUCAUACCGUUAAUCCAGAUGUUCCCCCGGAGGAUUUUGGUUCCGCUGUUUCUAGAGAGGAGACGCUUGACCGACCAUCAUCCACACAAGUCGAUGCUAGGGCCGUUAUGGAAAAAUCUGGGAGCAUAAACUUGCAAGCUGCAGUCGUUGUAGAAAAAGUCGCCAUUGCCACAUCAUCCUCUCGAAAAGACAAGUUUGCGAUAAAACGAAAGACAUUAUCUACUCCUGCCGACCAAGGACGAUCGAAGAAGGUCAGGGAGAAACGAGACGAGAUCGACGAUAUAUUCGGCUUUUAGCUGGACUUCGAUUUCUCAUGGUAUUCAAACGA